AUGAAUCAGUGGCGAUGCUGGACAACCGAAGUCAUUCCUUCCUUGAUCGCUCCAUACCUUGCAUACUUGCGCAAAUCGACCUCUCUUCGCGAUCGAAUUGAAUUGCAGCCAGACGAAGUUGCUGCCUUUCAGUGCAAAUCCUCUUGUCGACGGAGGGUUCUCGAGAUCACUUGCAUACUCUUCAAUUAUAUCGAGAUAUUACGAAUUGAUUGCUGCGCUUGCGCGCCUGCUCCCCUUCAGCUCCUGUCUCGCGGUUACUUUGCCUGCGCUCCCAUCGCUCCAUCCCUCGCUGUCGACCUUCAGUUGCUGGAACUUGUCAAGACGUUGUUCGUACAUAUCACUCCCAACACAACUGCUUGGUGCGAAACACUCGAGGUCUUUCUGGCUGGCCGCGGGUAUCACCUUACCACCAAGGAUAAUCUUCGUCGUCGGUUUGGUAACGCUUAUCAUUGGUACUCUGUACUCUGCAUGAGUGCUGAAGAUCAGUUGUCCAAUCUCAUUGGAACUCAUCGCCCACUUUCACCGCCGUCGACUGAGGGACUAACACGUCCAAGUGACUAUCUAAGACCUGAUGUCCAUACUUGUAUUGAUGCGUGUUUCACUCAAAAACGCUCAGCGGACCAACGCGGGGGAGGGCCAGAUCCCUCAAACCCAAUCAGAUCAGUUUUCCUGUCGGAUGAUGAGGUGACAUCGAUGGAGGUCCAUGUGCGGAGUUGUCGCGGCAGACCCCUUGAUCGGGGUCGCAAGAGAAAGCGACCUGCAGCCACAGAAGAGGAGGGGGAUGACUAUGAGGAUGGCAUGCGAGUCCCGACCUCUGUGCUAGAUGGUUGCGGUGAAUCUUUUCUUGCCGCUGAUGAGAAACGCGAAAAGGCUAGCACCCAAUUUUUUGCAGAUACAGGGGUGAUGGCCAUGUUAUGUCGGCACGAUCGUGUAUUAUGGCUCGCCAACAUGACGUCAGCGGGAGAAAAGCAGCACUACGCUCUUGCUUUGAUCAAGAAGCUUUUCGACAAUCUCCCUACCGAUAUGACCGUUGGCCUCUUGUAUGACAUUGGCUGUCAGCUUCAUCGAAGUUGUCUCAAGUACCGACUCCUCGAUGAUGCGGUUCUUCGCCGUAUAACUUUCGCGAUAUCAGUCUUCCACGCUUACGGCCACCAAUGGGCAUGUCAAAUUAUAUACCAUCCUCGCAAGUGUGAAGGCUUUGGCCUUUCGGAUGGAGAAGGUUGCGAGCGUUUAUGGAGUGCGCUCAAACACCUUAUUGCUCCGCUACGCGUUUCUGGGUUUCAUCAGCGACUUUUUGUCCUCGACACUCAAGUCCGGCAUCUAGAUAACAAGAACCUUAGUUUAUAUGGCAACUGGUUGAGCCGGAGGUGGAAUAACUGCAUCAAGAAGAAGAGUACUGCAGCACAGGCGCUACAUGAGCUUUCAGUCGAUGAGACCUGUGUACGACAGGAAUGGAAAUCGCAAGUUAAAUAUCAGACGAAACCCCUGCCUCGAAGAUCGAAGACAAAUAAUGACGAGGAAAUUUCCAAAAUUCUCUCCCUUGAGAAAUCUCUCGUUGAGAUUGAUGGAGCGUUGCGACGCAUGGAAACGCAACUUUGUAUGGGAAACGUCGAUAAUCUCACUGAACACAACCUUCGUCUCAUUGAGGAGCGCGCUCACCGAUCAAGAGUCGCAGACACUUUGAGCCGCUGGAAGACACGACUUGGCAUCAGUCAGCGCACCCGUCUAGAACAACUACGUCGCAAUGUAUACCUACAAGUCCGUUUAGACGCUCAAGCUCUUAAAACGCGUAUCCGCGAACAACUUCGACAGCGCAAGUUCGAAAUUGAGAAGCUUGAACGCUCUUACAGGCAAACUGUGAACGAGCGCAAGCUUAAUUCUCAUGUGGAUGCCGCAAUCCAGCGACGCAAUUCUACCAUACGAAAGCUCGUGUCCUCAUACAAUAACCUAUGUACAGAUCUUAGCGCUCUUAUCAGACAGCGCCGCAGUCCUCCGAAUGCUAUACCACCUAACCCCAUCUCUCCUAUCGGUAUUUUUGAUCUUGAUAUUGAUGCUGACAUUUGGGAGGACGUUGGACUCAACGAUGUCGUGCUGGACCCCCCUGAUUGGUUAGCUGAUGAGGUCACACGUGCCGCGAUCAAACUGUUGCUUGAGAUUGACCGAUGCAAUGAAGAAGAGUCUCGUGUCAAGGUUGAGCGCUGUGCUCUGCAAGAGUGGGCGAUUCUUGAGUGGGAUGGUCUACAGAGGGCCCGUGCACAUGCAAACGAUGAUGAAGUAAUCCUCUAUCACAUGAAUUGCCGUGCUCGACAGUUCAUUGUCCUUGUACUGGGGUGGCAGACGAAGGUUCGUCCCAUUCCAUGUGCGUGGCCUAUGCCUGACUGUUGGGGGCCGUCACAAACCGAACUUGCUAAUGGGACACCUGUGGUGUACCCUGAUGUCCAUGAUGAUGAAGAUGUCGAAGAUGAUGUAUGGGACGAUGGAGAUGACUGGGAAUCUGACAUUGGCUGUGGUGAUGAGGAGCUUAUGGACGUCUUAGAAGAUAUUGCAUUAGCAGACCAGUAUAGAGGGCAAGAGGUACAUGACAUCGAGGAUGACUAUGUAAUUCAUGAAUCAUUAAUAGAUAGCCCAACAAAACAUGUUAGAUUUAAUUCGUAG